CCGGUUGUUGUCGAACAUCUGACAUCGGGGCUUCUUCUUGGCAGGCAUUUCGCUUUCUUCUUCAUUGUAUUCAUUUGUGUUUGAUUUUACUACAAACGGCGUCUCUUGCGGGUGCAACACAAACAGAAGAAACGAAGAAAAAAAAAAGCAUGAAAGAAUAUGCGGCUCCAGCCAGAGUUGCGGCAGCACGGUUGUAGUGGUGUUGUUUCGUCUGGACCCAUUCAUUCGCAAUAUGGCCGGCUCGGGAGUAGGAUGCUGUUGUAGUUGUCGUCGUCCACCGUCGUCGUCGCCGUCGGUUGUCGCGUAGAGAGUCCUAUUCUGGUUGUGAGGCAUUAGAAACCGUCGCGAGUUCAUCGGGUGAGGAUAUACCGGAGAACAGUGUCCUAUCGCGCGGAGGAUUUUUUUACGGCCGUUCGAUAUGGGAUUGCGCAAGUGGGGUGAGGGCGAGUGAAAAAAGAUGGGGUAAAGGUGUUGAAUUUUGAAGCAUCAGAAAACAACGGAUGGAUUGGGCUGACUUGCUGGAAAGGUUGGAAUUUAUCAAAUUGUGAAUUAAAGUUCGAUUGGUGGCGUGUGAUAUAGAUUGGCGGAGAUUGGAGCAAGUGCCAGAGAGGAAAGAAGCGAUAAAAUAUUGUGGUGCAGCCGGAUGGCAGUGCAGUGUAUUCGUGUUUUCUUGUGUCGCUGUUGAGCCAGCCGAUCGAAGUGAAGAGAAAGAGCAGUGGGCGAGGCAGCGAAGAAUAAAGAAGUUUGUUUGGAGCAAAAUUUGAAUGUUUUCUUAGCCAUUGUGGCCAGCGGCAAACGGGAUUGGUUUUUGCUAAUGAAAAAUCAAAGAUGAAUAUGCUAGGAGCAGAACGAAUCACGGCAGGCUGCUUGUGGCCCACAGAAAGGGUUGGGAGUGCAGGCAGCAGGCGAUGGAAUCUAAUGAUAUGCGGAUUUGUCAUCUCGCUGAUGUUUACAGCGUGUUACAGCAGUCAAGCCCUUGAGUUCACAGUGGAACCGUCGGACGUGACGGUGCCGGAAGGAAACUCGGUUCUUCUGCAAUGUGCCGGACGGGUGGAUCCAAAAGCGUCGCUCCUGCGCGAGGGGAAAGUGGCUCCGAACAUUCGAUGGCGAGGUCCCGAUGGGCAGGAUAUUGGCAUUGUAGGAGAUACCUUCCGGUCACAGCUAACCAAUGGGUCGCUGUACAUCAGUACGGUGGAGAGCAAUCGGGGGCUGACCGGGUUCUACCAUUGUUUGCUCACCGUGGACGGAGUGGGCACGAUAGUGAGUCGGUCGGCUCGGGUGGCCAUUGCAGAUCGUCCCGAGAUCAACCAGGACUCACACGAAAUCUACCUGUACACCGGCCAAACGGCAUACUUCAAGUGCAUGUCCAGCACCCUGCCCUCCAGUCUUGAGGCUCGCUAUCACGUCGAGUGGCUCAAAGACGAAUCCCCCCUUCAUAUGGACUACACCCGGAUGCUCCUGUUGCCCUCGGGUGCGCUGGAAAUCGACGAGGUAGUCCCGGCCGAUCGAGGGACCUACCAGUGCAACGUCACUUCUGGGAUAUUCUCCAACCUGAGCAGUAAGUCGAAUUUGAACAUCAAGUCGACAGCGGGACAGCCGCAGAGUUUUGAGCCGCCCUCGUUCGUGAUAGUGCCUCAACCGCAGACGGUUCGGGAAGGCGAUACGGUCAUAUUGGACUGUGUAGCCAAUGGGAACCCGAAACCCACGAUCAAGUGGUUGCGAAAUGGCGAGGAAAUCGAUAUGAAUGAUUUGGAUUCGCGGUUUCGGAUCAUUGGGACGGGGUCGUUGCAGAUAAAUUUCAUUCAGGAUCUGGAUGCAGGUGACUAUCAAUGUCGGGCGAGUAAUUCGGAGGAUUCGUUGGACGCCUCGGCGACGGUCCAGGUACAAGUUCCGCCAAAGUUUAUGCUGAGUCCGGAGGAUAAGGUCGCCUACGAGAAAGAGGAGUUGGAGCUGCAGUGUUCGAUCCACGGCAAACCAACGCCCAUUAUCCAGUGGUUGAAGAAUGGCGAUUUGAUUACGCCGAACGAGUACAUGCAGAUUGUCGGAGGCCACAAUCUAAAAAUAUUCGGCCUCAUUGGUUCGGACGCGGGCAUGUUCCAGUGCAUCGGUACCAACCCGGCUGGGAGCGUUCAAGCUGCGGCCCGGCUCGAGAUCAUCGAACCAGGACAAAAACGACACAAGAACAAGAAGUACCACCAGAAUCAAGGCAAAAUGAAAUCUUACGAGAAGCCCAUCCAUUCCGACCCAAAACUUUCCAAGGGCAUUUUAGACAGCUUACUGUCGAAGACGAAAGACAAGGCCAACAUCAAUCAGAACAAGUUCCAGUACGACGACUACACUGACGAUGACUACCUUGAACACGAGGAAGACCACGACGAAGACGAAGACGACUCUGGGAAAAUCUACGCCCUGAGACCUAACGAAGACCCGAACAAGCUGUACCAAUCGCUAACGACUGGGACACGAUCAUCCGAAGCCGGUCCACCCGAAAUUGGACACUUUUCUAAUUCACACUAUCCCAUCAACGCUGUCACGCGGAAAUAUCCGAAAACGCACCUUCUAGAUGGAAGUGGAAAGUUUGCAGCGCCACUCCCCGGACCCCCGCGAGAUCUACAGGCGCAGAUCGUGAAGCCGCGCUUCAUUACCCUGAGCUGGCUGGAACCGGCCAAGAACCCGGACGAGGUCAUCUCUUACUCGGUGUACUACAAGAUGCAUACCAGCGAGAGGGAACGCAAAAUCACCACAAAUUCCCGCGACGAACAAGAAGUUAACAUCCAAUCGCUCCUACCCGGGAAGACCUAUCAAUUCCGGGUGAUCGGAAACAGCAAUCACGGCUCCGGCGAGUCUUCCCAAGUGCUGGAAGUUCGAACCCACUCGGAGGAGAACAUCGCUGGACCUCCGCAGAACAUUCGCGGUGAAGCCCUCUCCGAUAAAGAGAUCCAUUUGCAGUGGGACCCACCUUUGACAUCGACCGCCGAGAUCUCCAAGUACCGCGUGUACUACGCCGAAAACGACAACGGCGACGAAAUGUACUCGGACACUAUGUCCACCGAUAUCACCAUUAGCGAACUUCGGCCCUACACCGAGUACACGCUGUACGUUGUCCCGUGGAACCAGAUGGGCAUGGGAGAUCCCUCGCACGAAAUCGUCGUCAAGACCCAUUCAUCCGUCCCGUCGGAAGCGCCCUCGAACGUCACCCUGGAAGCGUCCAGCUCGACGUCGAUCACCAUCCGGUGGCAACCGCCGCCGGUGGAAGAUCGCAACGGACAGAUCACCGGUUACAAGAUUCGCUAUCGGAAGAACAAGAAACCGCUGCAGGUGGACACGACUCCGGCCAACGUUCGGCACUGGGAACUGAAGGGGCUUGACCGAUUGUCCGCGUACCAGGUCAAGAUCGCUGCCAUGACGGUGAAUGGUUCGGGACCGUUUAGCGAGUGGCACCACAUCGAGACGUACGAGAACGAUCUGGACGAGUCGCAGGUUCCCGGGCAGCCCGGGUGGAUCAAAACCCGUCCCGGUGCGGAAAGCAUAACGGUUCUGUGGGCACCUCCGAACCACCAGGAAAUCAAAGUACGCAACUACAUUCUCGGAUGGGGCAAAGGAAUCCCGGAUGAGGACACCAAUGACGUCGAAGAAAACAUUCGAUCGUUUGAAAUCCGAAAUCUAGAGCCCAAUACGGAGUACGUGAUCUCGCUGCGAGCGCGGAACAAUAUGGGCGAUGGCCCUCCGAUCUACGAUACCGUGCGUACCCGUGAAGACUCUCCCAUAGAAGCUCCAACCCCUCUGGAAGUACCCGUUGGUUUGCGGGCGAUCCCAAUGUCCGGUACCUCAAUCGUAGUGUACUGGACGGACACGACGCUGAGCAAAAGUCAGCAUGUAACCGAUAACCGGCACUACGUGGUAAAGUUCAAUCCGACCUCAUCCUCCAGAGUCCGGUUCUACAACACGACCGACCUCAACUGCAUGAUUGGAGACCUCCGACCAAACACUCAAUACGAAUUCGCCGUCAAGGUCGUCAAAGGUCAUCGCCAAUCCGCGUGGUCCAUGUCGGUGAUCAAUUCCACGCACCAAGCGGCCCCAGUGUCACCCCCUCGAGAUCUGACUGUAUCCUACGACGAUCGCAAUCCUUUGACUGCCAUCCUUCAGUGGCAACCUCCCAAGCACAGUAACAGCCCGAUCAACGGCUACGUGGUCCUCUACACCACCGACCCGAACAAACGGGAUCGAGAGUGGAACGCCGAAGCGGUGGUUGGAGACAAGACCUCUGCAGAAAUCACCAACCUGGAGCCUCACACAACGUACUACUUCAAAGUACAAACUCGCAACUCCAAAGGCUACGGUCUGUUCUCCGCCAUGGUAUCGCAAACCACCGGAGCCGACGUAGACUCCAGCGAGAACCUCUCCAUGCCGAAGGCGAUCUCUUCGGAAAUGAUCUACGUGAUCGUUGGAUUCUCGAUCCUUACGGCGGUGAUUGCCGUGUCCGUCGUGGUUCUCAUCUGUCGAAAGAAGCCGGAAGGAACGCCAGAACACGCAAAGAAGAGCUACCAGAAGAACAACGCGGGUAUUAUUAAGCCUCCGGACCUGUGGAUCCAUCACGAUCAGAUGGAGCUCAAGAACAUGGACAAGAGCAAUCACAGUACGACACCGGGAUCGGUGGAUGGUGGUGCGAGCAGUAGUGGAGCCAUGACGCUGCCUCGGUCUGUGGGUGGACACGAGUACGACAGUGAAACGCCAAUCACCCACGUGACGAAUUCGUUGGAUAAGCGAAGUUACGUUCCUGGUUAUACAGGAACAACGACCCCUCUAAGUUCCACCAUGGAACGACCACAGUACCCCCGAACACAGUACAACAUGGCCUCGAGGCCGCAUAUAAGUCUCGAUCAGCAGACGCUGUCGCAGCAGAGUCUACUGCAGCAACCCCCUCAGUUGCCUCCGGCGAACUCGUUGGUCCAAACGCCGGAAAAUCCAUACACUUACGAAGGAAACUAUAGCAAUCCCAACGUGACGUACGCUCCGGGCAUGACCGUGGAUGCUCCAAAACGGGGGCAGGGUCAUCCGCUCAAGAGCUUCAGUGUACCUGCGCCACCAGCGUCGACGCCGAUCAUCAGCAGUCAGGGCAAGCAUGCACAAACCCCCUCGGUAACGAUACGUCCGCAGAACUCGUCCCCCUACAAGAAGCCCCCGUCGCUCUCGACGAGCUCACUCACCAACCGGCUCCAAACGGGACCGGCAGUGCAGCACUCAACCGACGAAAUCCAACGGUUAGCGCCUUCCACUUCGACCGAGGAACUGAACCAGGAGAUGGCCAACCUCGAGGGCCUCAUGAAGGAUCUCAGUGCAAUAACGGCCAACGAGUUCGAGUGCUGAAUGGGUGUGGCAGAUGGGGUCUUACUAGAUGCACCCAAGGAGGACACCCGUGAUGAACUGUUUAGUCAUUCUCAUUUAGAAGAAAAACUAAUUUUAGUUGAAAGCGAAAUUCUGGGGAGCUUCUCUCUUGUCGAUUCUAUGGUGUCUUUGUUCAUAGAAUGGCUGAGAUGGGAAGCCUUCCCAUCAUCGUGUCAAAUCACGUGUAUACAAGUUUUAAGUGCUUUCUCGCUGAUACUUUAACUCUCCCAAACCGAAACGUAAUAUAUAUGUGGAUUAGGUGUUUUAAAUCUAUUUAUUUAUUCUCGUGAAAACAGAAACACUGAAUCAAAAUCGUACUAUGAAAAUGCAUGAUUUAUCUGUCAAAUAUAUUUCGAUAACAAAUUGAAAGCAGCACGAAUGCUUUCGAAACGGUUUCGUUCGUCGUACAUUUUGUCCAGAGCAAAGCGAAUUCGAGUAAGAUAAAUUGAUGAAAUAACGCCAGCUGUAAAUAGAGCUUACUGAUAAGGCUUAUUCAUGCAUGCUAAUAUUAUGAAAAAUUGGCAUGAAUUGAUAUUAUAUAGCGUCGCAGUGAGCGACCGAGCCAUUCUCCAAUAGGCGAUUUUAUUUUGAUUUUUAAGUAAAAUAUUUUAUCUUUUAAGUAUCGCGAACCGAUAGCUAGCAUUUCAUUCCCAGUGAUUUUUACAUUUUUAGAUUCAAUUAUGAGGUAAUUGUUUUAAGUGACAUCGACGGUGCUACCGGAGAUUGCAAAACGCAUUUAUGUUCUUUAUUAAAUUCUGAAAGUAAGAUUAAAGAAGUGAAAACGUUCAACGAAUACAAGGGAAUGUCUCAAAACAUACAAACAGAGAAAUGUUUACCCAGGGAUCAAAUCAUUCAACCAAACACCGAAAACGAUGAAAUUUCUAUUAAUUUUCUUUUUGGUGGAAGUAAAAUGUUGAAUCUCAAACAUAACUCGAGCUACGGAUAAAGUUAGUCUGUCAGGUAAUCAAAUGUUCUGCUUCACAUGCUAAAACACAUGUUCAAGUUUCACAAAACGAAGUUCCGAACAGAACUUUCUAGCUACUUAAGCAACUAUAGUAUGGAAAUGAGCAAGUUUAUACUAUCUAAAGUUCCAAGAAGCAGCUCUCAAGCUGCUUAAAAAAAAUCACAAUGAAUUUGAACGAAAUAUUACACAGGGAGUCCAGAAAGGCUCAUUGUUAACCUCGUAAGCAGCUUGAAAGUUGCUUUAGAUGCUUAUCGAAACUUGAUCGGCACAUAGUACACAUUUUUGAGAAUUUGCAUUUUACUUCCAUACCACAAACUGAAAAAAGUAGCUCAACAUCAACUGCCAUAUGUCAACUCAUCGAUUGGUUGCAUUUAAGUUCCAUAAUUCACAAACUUUUCUUAUCUCUAUUUCACAUAGUUAGAACCAGCUUUCUGUCAUUGUAAAUGUAUAUUGCAUCCAAUUCCAAAAUAUUUCAAUCUUCAAACUAACCAAUCAAGUAUACAUAAUUUACAAAUGAAUCUGAAAGGAAAAACAUCAAUGUAAAGUAGUCGUAUUUUAUAAAGUCAAGAUUUUUACACCCAAAUUUCCACUCCUCAUAGGACGAGCACACUGAAACACAUCAUCACAUUGAAUUCACACGAACACCGUACACAAACAAAAAAAACAAGGGAUCACACUCACCGAAAUCGCUACAGUGCAGACACUAUCACACACACACUCACACAACUCCCACCACCUCACAAUACAAAUAAGCCCCAUUCCGUGAAAAAAAAAUCGAAAUAGAAAAUUUCCCAAAUAAAACAAAAACAAAACACUUUUUAUACGUAUUAUACAAGAAUAGUCAUACCGAUCGAGCGCGCACGGAAUGAAAAAGUUUUAAACCAAAUCAUUGCCUAUCAGCAGAAAGCGAAUCCAGUUGAACACGAUUUGCAACAGAAAAAUGCCUAACUGAAAUGAUUUUGUAAUUCGAAAUUUAUGUAACACUGCGCUGUGUUGAAUUGGCAAGGAACAAAAAUAAAUUGGUUUCCAUUUAUACAGUGCAAACCAAAAUAAGCGACACUGAAUCGGCUGCUCUAAGUGUAGGUAUGUAAUAGAAAAUUAUUAUCGAAUGAAAAAAGCCUAAUGUAAAUAUUAAUCACUUUUGUGGAAUCGUAUUUAUUGCAUGCAGGCAGGCGAACCUGAACAUAACACAACCGGAUCGCCUAAUUCCAAGUCAAAGUCGGAAAUUGCUACGUGAUUUUUGUCCUUUUCGUGAAUCUUUUUUAACCAAUUCGGUUUAGUAUAUGCACUGAAAAAAACAGCAAAUCAAACAUGACAACAUGCACCGAAACGAAAAUUGAGGCAGAGCGAAAAAUUUGCUGGAUGGUUAGGAAAACAUCAACUUGACAGUGAGAAACCGGAGCAAACAAAACAAAAAGAUAUGGAUAGAAUAAUAAAUCCUUACGAAAAUUA